AUUUUGCCUCCUGUGUUGUCACUUCACCACCUCUGCCGAGCUGUCGUGUGACUUGAGUUUGAGCUUCACAAGCCAGCGAUAUCCCCAAUAUCGGGCAUAUCGGUAAAGUACGCGCAUGCACUUGACAGCUGUGUCUGCACGGGACACUGCGCUCCAUGGGUCUUGGAACCCAGGUGCCAGAAUGGAGAUUUUUACUCGUCCAGCUGAGAUCCACAGAACUCGGAAACGGCAGAAUACGGGCACGGGCGCUGGGCCGAAACGAAAACGUCACCGCUCGAGCUUGAACCAACAGCGAUUUGAUAGUGAUAACGAAGAUCGUGUGUCGGGAGAAGUGUCGAAGCCUGGACGUGCGAAUCGGCAGGAUCCAGGCUCUUCGUCACAGUCAAGUGUAUCGCCAGACUGUGCUCAGCAACCCGGACACCCCAGGUCAGACAAUGCCACUUCUAGUGGCACUUACACAGGGGGCGUGUAUCCUGGUGGGAGUGUCAAAGCUGUGAACGUUCAGGGCUUGGGGAGUCCUCCUCAGGCUCUUUCAUCACCCGAAUCUCCUCUCUCAACAUCAUCUGAACAAGAAAAUCCACGCCAUGGAAGUCAUGGUACCCCUCUGCAUGCAACUAUCCCAUCCGGACACGGAUUAAGCCCCGAGAGUUCAGCUUCAGACUCCGAUUCCAGCUCCGGUUCUAGCUCUAGCGAGUGUUCGGAUCCUGCUUCUGGACAACCUUCGAGUCAGACACUCCGGAGCCAGCCCCCACCAGAAGUAUCUCUUCUGGACAAAGGUACUUGUUCUGAUACUUCUUCAAAUGAACAAGCUUCUCGUUCAGUCAAUGGCACCCAGUUAAUCUCUCCACCUGGUGACGAUGCGGGUCAGCUACGGACGGACAGGACAGACCUAGAGCUAGAUUUCCCCUUGAGGAGGGGUGCGAAAGAUGUACCUGGCUCUUUACUCUCUCCGGAGACGCUGGGAGACUCCCCGAGUCAAGAAGUCCAAGCUCAGGUUGGCCUCGGUCGAAACUCUGAUGAUGACGACUCAGAUCACUCAGACAUCCUUGAUCAGUUAGGGAGCGAUUUCAAUGAUUUGCUGUCCAUCGACCCUGGAAGACCUAUCACUGGCUCGCCCUCAAGAGACCGGGUCAUUGCUAGCAGACUUCAAGAUGAGGAUUCUGAUCUUGAAGACUGGCAGGUUGCUGAAGAUGUCCCUGCACCGGAUACAAGCCAUGAUAACGGUAGCGCUCCGGGAACCCCUCCGAAUGGCAUUCGACGCGUCGUCGCCACUGCGCACUCCCCGGAACCCAAUCAUCACUAUGAAACAAGCGAUGAAGACGAUACUGAAAGUUUUGAUGACACAUGUAGCGGUUUUAGUGGGAGCAACAGAAUAGGUAAUGAUGAACGGAUUGUCGAGCCAGAAGAUCCAGAAGAAGGUAAUGAAGAGUCAAAUGUAGACAAUGAUCUUGUUCGACAAUUCGACGAAGUUGUAGCCGAUCACUCGGACUCUGACGGCUUCGAGACACAUGCUGGUCCCUCGGCCGUGUCCAGUUGGGAGCGUCGCAUUUAUCCAUCCCCUUCAGAUUACGAUGAUUCAGAUGAAGAGGCCAGUCCCCAGAACGAAUCAUCCGACGACGACGAGGUGUCGGAAGAAGAGAUUGGGUAUAUCUCUGACGCUCGCGACACUGAUGUUGAAAUCGAAGACGAAAAAGAGUCGCCUACUUUGAAUAUUCCAUCAUCUUCAACAAACGGCAUCGUUUCCCCAAGCGAAGCAAGUAGCUCUGGAAGAUGUCGCCUCACAUUCGAGGAACGUGAGGUUGUACGAAUCACACGAGAGAUCGGCGCUUGUGUUCGUUGUCGCUUCCAAAAAAUCAAAUGCCUUAUAGACGAGAACAACCCAGAAGGACAAUGCAAAACAUGCAAGAGGUUCUCGAAGACGUCGCCAAAGACAAUCCAUCGCGUUCCAUGCUUGCGACUCCGAAUUGCCGACGUCGUUCUUUAUCGAAGCGGCGGGCUCAAACUCACGAGACGAUGGGCGGGCAUCGAAAUGCGAGAUAUUGGGGAUCGACUUGAUACGGUUGCUGUCACGAUUGAAGUCUCACAGAAUCUUUGUGGUAAACCUCUUCGUAUGAAUGUUGUGCGAUUCAGACCCAUUGACGGGGACGUGACUGCCCGAUAUUGGACUGAUGGCCUUCUCGGGAAGGUGAUCUUCAAGAAGAAGGAGCUGGCCAACUACUGCCUUGAAAAUAUCUACGACACGGCCGAAAGCGUGCGACAAUACACCAUUGACAAUGCUCUUCCAGCCUUUUAUCACACUAUCCAAGAGGAGAGUGAAUCAGAAGCUGGAGAACGGCCCAUCAUCAGAACGUACCUCACGGCCAUGGCUCGGUAUUUGGACCUUCACAAUGAACAUAAAUCCGGCGGAAAGCUCUCGAGGGACGAUGAAAAAGAGCUUGAGAUAUUCGGCAACCUUUUUAUCCUCUGGUGCGCCAUCCAGCACACUGUAGGAUCCCUCUACAUCGAAGGCAACGAAACACUAGGCAUGCUCCCCGAAACCGAAGACAAAUCCUACCCUCUCUACGGCAAAGUGUCUGUCCCUCGCAUGAUAGUCGCCCAAUUCGACACCCUCAAUUACAAUGAGGUCCUCGAGCGAUACAAGGAGAAGCUCCUACGCGACAUCGAUUGGCUAUUCAGCCAGGACAAGAAUCGAUGGUGGUUCACAGUCUACCUCGUCGUCUUCAUACUCCUGCGCGAAGCGAGUCGCAUGACAGCAGAUCGGUAUCGGCAUGCGAGAGCUAACUAUGGAUCAAGUGUAUGGCGGCCUCGACCCUUAAAGGACGUAGCUAACGUAACAGGUGCGAUACUCGAUCCCAGACUUUGUCGAGGGGCUCCAUGGCAGCUGCAAUAAUAUUCUCAUCCACUGGCAUUACUACAACUGUGAUCAGUGGCCGACUACUCGGUUGUCGGGCCUCACUAAUGGCGUAGGAAGAAAUGACCACUUUGAGACUCUGGCACCCAAGGAUCGGCACCUUGUGAAACAGAAUCUCAAGGACCCAGAGGUGAAGAAACACCUUCUGGUAUGGAAGAAAUACAAGAGGGAUAAUGGAAAAGUUCCAAAGAUUACUCUCCAACACGACGCCGGAUCCAUUCGCUACGCAGGAAAACAGGACAAGUACGACUGGGAUCAUUCUUUGUAUUGGGUAUCGCAGAUGUUUGAGAAGAAAUGGUGCCCGCAUCCGACGUAUACGAGCGAACAAGAACCCGAGUCAACGCUCAUGUCUGUCACGACGGCUGUCGCUGCGGCCGGCUAAGGAUGAAGCGAACCGAACACUCGACGAGAACGUACGAUACGAGGCUUGGAUCAACAACAUAACGACAGAUACGAAUCUUUUGCCACAUGACUUUUAGUAUUACCAGCAUUCGAGGAGCUUCCAGCGGUGGAAGAGUGGGGAAAAUGGUACAACGCCCAGCAUCGAUAGACGCAUGAGGGCUCGAAUAAACAUACACUUUUACACGAAGACCACAAUAGAGUAUUCUAAGCAGCUUUUAUUCUACGAAAGCGAUAUGCUGAUCCAUUUCUAGCUCCAAUUGGAGACUCAAGUAUUGUAAAAAACCGCUGACUCCAGGCCUCCUCUGCUUCCUGUAGUAAUCGCUGCCUCCAAGCUCGCUGUGCUUCCUAUGUUCCUGUACGCCAAACAAACUCGAAACAAAAGUUAUGGCGCCAUCUAAGUGUGGUCAAGAUCUCUUAAAUCUGUGUCGGUCUCCUGUGGUCUCCUGUUCUCUUCCCCGAACCAACUAAAAGAAUCCCACCAUUUUCUACCAAGUUGUGUUCUGUGACGAAUGAAACUGCAUCAGGUUUCGCUUCUUCAUGGGAGGAGGCAUUCCCCAGUUGUCCUCCGAGUCAGCCCAACCCUCGCCGACAUGGGUCACGUAGCGCAGAGAACUUCCGAGGCCUCUGGUCCGAAGUCGAAGUGGUGAGUUGGAGGGAUAGGUGUGGAUGAUGUCUUUUCUCAAGUCCUUGUCAAACUCGAUCUCCCGCAUGUUGCCUUUCAUCCAAUCACAGAAGUGGGCAACAUCGCCAAUACGACGCUUCAGCUCGAUGAGAUGGUCUAUAGUGACACAAGGGUAGAGGCCCAGAUUGAUCAGAUUGUAUCUCUUGACCGCCGCCUCGUGCGUACGCGGAUCUUCGAGUCGUGCCCGGAGUGGUCUGGGUGCGCGGUUGUGGAAAAACGCACUCCAGACCUCGAAGGCUUUGUCGAAAAACUUCUUGUACUGUUCCGCCCAAGUGGGAGGAGUAUCGAAGAGAGUGCUUGGUCGCAUGUAAAAAGGGAAGUGGAUGUUGUUGGACCGGGCGGGAUUGUCCCCCACCUCCCUGUCAGAGUCGGCGUCUGCGUCACCAUCUUCCUGAGCCACAGUAAC